AUGGUAGGCAACGAUGCUAGAAAUAAACAUAUUCUUGACAGGACAUUUAUUUGUUCUGUAUGCUCAUUUAUAUUACAUGAUCCUCUACAAUUGACUGAAUGUGGUCAUAGACUAUGCCAAUCAUGUUUUAAUGUUGAACAAGAAACCACAAUUAAAUGUCGACAAUGUCAAUUGGAAACGUUACGAAUCAAUGUACGACCUGAUCGAGGCUUUAAAAAUGAUAUGCAAUCACUACCCAUUGAUUGUUCCUUUUUGGAUGCACAAUCUAAACGACAAACAUCAAUUGAUUCACCUUUAUUUUAUUCAUCACCUACUGGCUAUAAAAUGAGAGCUCGUCUUUAUUUAAAUGGUUAUGGUAAUGCUCAUUGUACACACAUGUCAGCCUUUUUUGUGCUCAUGCGAGGCUUAAACGAUCCGAUUCUUAAAUUUCCAUUCAAUUAUAAAGUAGUAUUUUGCUUAUACGAUCAAACUUUUGCAAAACAGCAUAUCAUCGAUUCAUUUCGACCAGAUAUUGGAUUGAGUGGCUUUCAAAGACCACGUUUGGAUAUGAACAUAGUUACUGGUAUUUCAAAAUUUGUUCCAUUAACAAAGAUUCAACAAGAGAAUAGUCCUUAUAUUCGAGAUGAUACAAUGUUCAUCAAAAUUAUGCUUGAUUUUAAUGAUAUUCCAAACAUAUCAUUGCCAAUUGCAAUGAGUUUGAAUCCAGGAUUACCGAUACAUGUUCAACACAUGAUGAUCGAGCAAGAAAUGAAACAAAGAUCUGAACAGCAAUCUCAAUAUUCAAAUGAAACAAAAGAAAUAAAAUUGAGUUGUGAAGAAACUGCUCAGUGA